UACGAUUCCAUUUCCCUUUUUGGAGCGAUUCGUGCGGCUCAAGGAUGCGGGUGGGAGUAGGUGCAGGGAGGCCCCGCCCCGGGAUUCUUGGCUGGGUCUGGUGGAAAGCCCCUCGUUCGAACAUUCCGCCCGGGGUUUUAGGGGUCGUGGUGUAGGAGUGGAUAUGUGAUGUUGAUUACCUUGCCAAUCUUUGGCUUCUGCGCGCGUGUGAGACAGAUUUUAUUAUAUCUUCCAUUUGAAGAGAUUGCUUCUAGUGGCCUAGUGGGAGAGAGCUUUUAGACCAGCAAAGGGAAACCUCGGCCCCGGUUUCUACUUUAGUAGCAGACCAUUUUCGGGGGGCUACUAAGAUCUUUUACGCGGUGCUGAUUUGGGGCGAGGAAUAAAUGUUUGAGGUCUCAACUGAACAAUGGUGGUCCAUGAAAGAAAGCUUCUGAUUUUUCCUUUAUUGUCUAGCACUUACCCGUGCAAUCUGUGGCCAAUAUUUUCGGACAAUGAUCUGUGCAAGUUACUUGGAUCCUUACCUCAACACUGAUGCCGGGACUAUGUCCCCGUUCGAACACGGUGAAGUGUUUGUGUUAGAUGAUGGUGGUGAGGUGGACUUGGAUCUUGGGAAUUAUGAGAGGUUUCUUGAUAUUAAACUCACCCGGGACAAUAAUAUAACUACUGGAAAGAUCUACCAGUCUGUUAUUGACAAGGAGAGGAAAGGGGAAUACUUGGGAAAGACUGUGCAGGUUGUGCCACACAUUACAAAUGCCAUACAAGACUGGAUCGAGCGUGUUGCUAUGAUACCGGUGGAUGGCAUGGACGGACCAGCUGAUGUCUGUGUGAUCGAACUGGGUGGAACAAUUGGUGAUAUUGAAUCUAUGCCAUUUAUUGAAGCUUUGGGUCAAUUCUCGUAUCGUGUUGGACCUGGCAACUUCUGUUUGGUGCAUGUCAGUCUCGUUCCAGUUCUGAAUGUUGUUGGUGAACAGAAAACCAAGCCGACUCAACACAGUGUGCGUGGUUUAAGGGGACUUGGCCUCACCCCGAAUAUUUUAGCUUGUCGCAGUACAAAGGAACUGGAAGAAAAUGUCAAAGAGAAACUCUCCCAGUUCUGCCAUGUGCCGGCAACAAACAUUGUCACUCUGUAUGAUGUUUCCAAUAUUUGGCGUAUUCCUUUGUUGCUACGGGACCAAAAGGCGCAUGAAGCUAUUCUUAAAGUUCUGAACCUUGAAAGCUUUCCUCGCGAGCCAAAGUUGGAUGAAUGGGUUGCAAGAGCUACUAUGUUUGACACCCUUCAGGAUACUGUACGCAUUGCUAUGGUUGGGAAGUACACUGGUCUAUCUGAUUCCUAUCUCUCUGUGUUGAAAGCUCUCUUGCAUGCUUCAGUUUAUUGCCACAGAAAGCUUGUUGUUGAUUGGGUUGCUUCUACAGAUCUUGAGGACUCUACCAAAAUUGAGGCACCUGAUGCUUACAAAGCAGCUUGGAAUUUAUUGAAGAGUGCUGAUGGCAUUUUAGUACCUGGUGGCUUUGGAGAUAGAGGUGUUCAAGGAAAAAUUCUGGCUGCUAAGUAUGCCCGUGAAAAUAAUGUACCAUAUCUUGGUAUAUGUCUUGGAAUGCAGAUGGCUGUUGUAGAGUUUGCUAGGAAUGUCAUGAAUCUCUCUGAUGCAAACAGUACUGAAUUUGAUCGCAAUGCCAAGGCCCCAUGUGUUAUUUUUAUGCCUGAGGGUUCCAAAACACAUAUGGGUGGCACAAUGCGCCUAGGAUCAAGGAGGACAUUCUUCAAGGUUGCUGGUUGCAAGUCAGCUAAAUUGUAUGGCAAUGUGGAUUAUGUUGAUGAGAGGCACCGGCACAGAUAUGAGGUGAAUCCUGAUAUGGUGCCAGAGUUUGAAAAUGCUGGACUUAAGUUUGUUGGCAAAGAUGAGAGUGACAGGAGAAUGGAGAUAAUCGAGAUACCCAAUCACCAGUAUUUCGUUGGCGCACAGUUUCAUCCUGAAUUCAAGUCAAGACCUGCGAAACCUUCUCCACUAUUUGUUGGGCUAAUCGCCGCCUCAUCUGGGCAAUUGGACAAGGUGCUACAAAGCUGCUCCAAUGGCCAUGUGCUUCCUGCCAAACAUCAGUUCAGCAAUGGUCCAUACACGCUGGCUGCACACCAAAAUGCAAACGGGCAUGCGAAGAAGCUUGCCAAUGGUCUAGCGAAUGGAACAUACCAUCCCAAUGGGAAUGGUGUCCAUGCCUAGCUAGCUCAAGGAUGCUCUCACCCUUUUUACAUUUUUUGCAGUUGUUGCAUCAGUUUUGUCGUGGUUGGCUAAGCUACCAUGGUCGCUCGAGGAAGAAAAAGUUCUGUACUCGAUGCGGACUGUCUGCAGGGGAUUGUGCUCGUUCGGUGGUUUUUAGUGAAAGAACCGAGCUGGAUCUGCGUGCGAGUGGUUUGCUUCUUCUCUACUAAUUUCUGUAACAAGACAACAGAAGUGGGUAAGAAGAGUUUCUGUGCUGUAUAUCUGAAAAAGGAAAGGCUGGACGUUGUAUUUGUUUCGAGAGCUGGUGUUGAGAUGUAAGCGAAUUUGGGUGUUCAGCACUUUGUAUUUGGACGCAGUUUUGUGCUUUUUGCACAAAUAACUUGAUAUGAUGUAUCUGACUGCUUUGUUAUA